GCUGACAUAAGAUGUCAUCAUCAUCACCGGUCACAACAAGUGUCAUUACCGCCAACGAACUUGCUCUAACGGCUCAAGCGAAUAUGCAUCACCGUGCCGCUGGCCAUAUGCACGAAGCCCCCCUUUCGCCAGCACGUGCCAAUUCAGUAUCUGUGGCUGGAGCCACCGGAACCACAACGGGCAAUAUUGUCAGCACAACCAGUAUUUCAAAUUCUGGACAAACAGCCAAUGGUAUACCCAUGAUUUCACCCGAGGCCAUGCAUCACUCAUCCCCCGAUAGUCCACAACCCGAAUUGGCUACCAUGACCAAUGUAAAUGUCCUCGAUUUGCACACAGACUCCUCAAAGUUAUACGACAAAGAUGCCGUCUUCAUAUAUGAGAGUCCCAAAGUGGUAAUGACUGGUGGUGGUGGAGGACCCCAAGAUGAUCAUGUCAUUGAUGCACGAAUGGUGGCCCAAUUGAAUCAGCAGCAGGCCGCAGUACAAACGGCCCAUGAAAAUCAGCCAUUGGCCAAAAUAGAGUUCGAUGAAAAUCAAAUAAUCCGUGUCGUGGGACCCAAUGGGGAGCAGCAGCAAAUCAUAUCUCGGGAAAUCAUUAAUGGUGAACAUCACAUUUUAUCCCGCAAUGAAGCCGGUGAACACAUUCUUACACGUAUUGUCAGUGAUCCCUCCAAGUUAAUGCCCAAUGAUAAUGCCGUAGCUGCUGCCAUGUUUAAUCAGGCACAAAAAAUGGCCAAUGAUCAUGCCGUUUAUCAAACAUCCCCCCUAGAUGCCUCCGUGCUACAACAUUACGAUACCGAGGCAGUGGUCAAAACCGAAGUUGAUAUCUACGAUGAUCCGAAGAAACAACAUUCGGGGCAGAUAAUAUACACAACAUCGGGACCGGAUCCUGGUAAUCCUAAACAUUUAUCACAUUUACCAAUGGGUGCCAAAUUGGAUCCAGAUAUGUAUCCAACGGAUAAACAUAUCGAUUUAAUUUACAACGAUGGCAAUAAGACGGUGAUCUAUACGACUACCGAUCAGAAAGGUUUGGAAAUAUAUUCGGGCAGUGAUUUAAGUGGCCUUGUGGCUGAUGGUCAAGUUGUGGUACAAAGUGGUGGUCUACAGUAUGCUGGACAUGGUGGUCCCGGAGGUCAACCGGUGUACAUUGUGGCUGAUGGUGCUCUACCGCCCGGUGUUGAAAGUCAUAUACAAAGUGCUCCCAGUUCGGCUGUUAGCAAACUUAACGGUCAAACCACACCUCUCGAUGUGUCAAGCCUAUCGCAAAACGAGAUACAAGGCUUAUUGCUUGGCUCACACCCAUCGGCCACAACAACCGCGGCGGCCGGCGCAAAUGUCACCACAGCUUCAAACAUUGCCCACCAACAACAAUCGGCCAUUGUGGCAGCCAGUGCAGCCGCCGCCAAUGGUGGAUCUGGUGGCGGUGGGGGUACUGUCGUCAUAACAGCAGCUGAUCAACAACGAGCACAACAACAGCAGCAGCAAUCCAAUGCAACCGCCACGAUUAGCAUUAAACGAGAACCCGAAGAUUUGCGUAAAGAUCCUAAGAAUGGUACCGCUAGUAAUGGCUCAGCAGCCAGUAGCGGACAAAAGGUCAUUGUAUUGCAACAAUCACCAUCGCCCACACACAUACAAAUUAAAGAACCGCCACCCAGUCCUGGAAGUCCCACAAAUCAAACAGAAGCCAUGUACGCUGCCGGCGGCGGCACUCAAAUUUAUCUACAGGGUCCCCAUCAAAAUUCAGCCGUUGGUCCCGGUGGCAAUGUCAACACACAAACACCCAGUCCGGGUCCGUACAUAGGAGCCGAUGGCUAUGGCAUGUAUGCCACUAGCCGUCUCACCACAGCUCCCACCACGACAUUUUUAUCGGAACCCUAUUAUCGGGAAUAUUUCACCACCACCACAACAACCGAUGGCCAAGGUUAUGCACCCACACGUACCAUAUACGGUGACAGUGAGGGACCCCAACCGGGUACUACAUACGAGGGACGUUUUACCACAACCACAACAAAUAACGGCAUACCGCCACCACAUUCCACACCAAAUGUUUUGAAAAAUGGUGGUACACCCAUCUAUGCCAAGGCAGUUACUGCAGCUGGACUAACAGUGGAUUUGCCUAGUCCGGAUUCGGGUAUUGGAGCUGAUGCCAUAACGCCGCGUGAUCAAAACAAUAUACAACAGUCCUUCGAUUACACAGAACUUUGCCAGCCCGGCUCUUUAUUGGACAACAAUGGUGGCAUUCCAGUUUCCGUUAACAGCAUACCACGCGGUGCUGUUAGUGUCCAUGGCGGUCAAAAUAGUCCGACCACAUCAUUGGGCGGCACCAGUGCCAAUGGCAGUGCUACUCGUUCCAGGCCAUGGCAUGAUUUUGGCCGUCAAAAUGAUGCGGAUAAAAUACAAAUACCAAAAAUUUUCUCAAAUGUUGGCUUCAGAUAUCAUCUGGAAUCGCCAAUUUCAUCAUCACAACGACGAGAAGAUGAUCGCAUUACAUACAUCAAUAAAGGACAAUUUUAUGGCAUAACAUUGGAAUAUAUACCCGAUCCGGAUAAGCCAUUGAAAAAUACAACAGCCAAGAGUGUCAUUAUGUUAAUGUUCCGUGAAGAAAAAUCCCCUGAAGAUGAAAUCAAAGCCUGGCAAUUUUGGCACAGUCGACAGCAUUCGGUUAAACAGAGAAUUUUGGAUGCAGAUACCAAGAAUUCAGUUGGUUUAGCUGGUUGUAUUGAAGAAGUCUCCCACAAUGCCAUAGCAGUCUAUUGGAAUCCUUUGGAAAGUUCCGCCAAGAUUAAUAUAGCCGUGCAAUGUUUAAGUACAGAUUUUAGCAGUCAGAAAGGUGUUAAGGGUCUCCCAUUACACAUACAAAUUGAUACCUUUGAAGAUCCCCGUGACACACAAGUCUUCCAUCGAGGCUAUUGUCAAAUUAAAGUUUUCUGCGAUAAGGGUGCUGAACGUAAAACCCGUGAUGAAGAACGGCGUUCGGCAAAACGUAAAAUGACCGCUACCGGACGUAAAAAAUUGGAUGAAUUAUAUCAUCCAGUUACCGAUCGUUCAGAGUUUUAUUCUAUGCAAGAUCUUACCAAGCCGCCGGUAUUGUUUUCACCAGCCGACGAUUUGGAGAAGGGCUUCUAUGGCCAUGAGACUGAUGGGGCGGGCGAUUUAAAGGGUGCCUCACCGUUCUUAUUGCAUGGACAAAAGGUAGCAACGCCAACAUUGAAAUUUCACAAUCAUUUUCCACCAGACAUGCAGACUGACAAAAAGGAUCACAUUUUGGAUCAAAGUUUGGCAAUGAGUGAAUUUGGACCACCCAUGAAACGUGGCCGCAUGACCCCACCCACCAGUGAAAGGGUUAUGCUGUAUGUGAGACAGGAAAAUGAAGAUGUCUAUACCCCCCUACAUGUUGUGCCGCCCACCACCAUUGGCCUUUUGAAUGCGAUUGAAAAUAAAUAUAAAAUCUCAACAACGAGUAUAAAUAACAUAUAUCGAACAAAUAAAAAGGGGAUUACGGCGAAAAUUGAUGAUGAUAUGAUUUCAUAUUAUUGCAAUGAAGAUAUUUUCUUAUUAGAAGUUCAACAAAUCGAAGAAGAAUUGUAUGAUAUAACAUUAACUGAAUUGCAAAAUCAUUGA